AUGGCUGAUUCGCAGAAAUCUCCCGACAAGGCGACGAAGCCAACGGCAAAAUCAAGCAAGCUGCUGCGCUCGCAGAAAAUCAUCCAGUUGUCUCCCUCCGACACCAGACCACAAGAUAUUCCAGAAGAUGCAGAACCACCGCGAGACGUACCGGCUCCCUCUAGGAGCCACACACCCGGACAUCUAUCUACCAAGAGUCAAGAUAGGAGGAAGAAGGCUUCGGAUCUAGCACUCCGACAACGCUCACAGUCUCUGUCUCAGAAAGAUACAUCUUCACCAUCCACAUCGAAACCACCCUCCUCGAAGCCUUCUUCGUCACGUACCCAAACUCCCAAACCAGAGACGCCGACUUCCCCACCAGUUUCUAAGACUCCUGGUCCGUUGGCCGUCAUGCCAGAUCCGCGAAGACCCCUCAAUCUUCGAUCAACAUCCGCGAUAGCAUCCAAACCACGAGAAGGAGGAACAUCUCCUGCCCCUCCGCGUAAUACUACACCAGCCCAAAGGCCAACCCGAGGUCCACAUAUACCCUUCCCACCCCUACCAGACCCAAAAACAGCGCCAGAUGUUGAGCCAGCACCAGCAAGUGGUAUGUACUGGUCUCGUGCACCUGUGUCUGGAGCUUCACAUACAUCGUUGCGAGCACAUACUACGACUUUGAUUGGAUCAAACGUGUACGUAUUUGGAGGCUGCGAUUCUAGGUCCUGUUUUAAUGAACUGUAUGUUCUGGAUGCAGAUGCAUUCUACUUCUCAUGUCCAUAUGUCUGUGGAGACAUCCCGGUUCCAUUAAGAGCCAUGACUUGUACAGCAGUGGGAAAGAAGUUAAUUAUCUUUGGAGGUGGCGAUGGACCGGCAUAUUAUAACGACGUAUAUGUUCUAGACACUGUUAACUUCAAAUGGAGCAAGCCAAAGAUUGGAGGAGAUCGCCAACCGAGUAAGAGGAGGGCACAUACAGCAUGCUUAUGGCGCAAUGGGAUAUAUGUUUUUGGUGGAGGAGACGGCGUUAGGGCGUUGAACGAUGUGUGGAGGCUGGAUGUUGCAGACACGAACAAGAUGUCAUGGAAAUUGAUUUCUGCACCGUCAUCUGCAUCCUCAGACGACAAGUCGAAACCCAAGGCCAGAGGAUAUCACACAGCGAAUAUGGUUGGGUCGAAACUUAUCAUUUUUGGAGGCAGUGAUGGUGGGGAAUGUUUUCGUGACGUCUGGGUCUUCGAUGUUGAGACCCAGGUUUUCUCACCAGUACAUAUCCCAAUCUCAUAUCCACGACUCAGUCACACAGCCACCAUCGUAGGAUCUUAUCUCUUUGUGAUAGGAGGCCAUGAUGGUGUGGAGUACAGUAACGAAGUCCUGUUACUGAACCUUGUGACUAUGGUAUGGGAUAAGAGGAAGGUGUAUGGGAUGCCACCACGACCAAGAGGUUACCAUGGGACUGUGCUGCAUGAUAGUCGGCUCAUUGUAGUCGGUGGCUUUGAUGGAGGAGAAGUGUUUGGUGAUGUGCAGAUUUUGGAGUUAGCCGUACAUGCUUAUUACAGCCAGAUCAGCCAUUUCAGUAUCGAUGUAUAG